UGGAUAGUGAGGAGUGGUUGUUUCUAUUGCUGCAUAUCACUUGCUGGUGUGGAUUCGCUAUUCCAGCGUUCUGGUAACAGUUGGAAAUAAAUGUCAAACAGUGGGAAACUGGAGUUUAGUGGAAAAGGGUGCUGCACAAACAUUGAAACUUAUAAGCACAUAACGGAUUCGACGAAAACCGGGAAGUGAGAGAUUAAAAUGUUCGGACGAGUUGAUGUUCGAAAAGAAAGUUGUCUGUGACUCGGAUUCCACAGAGUUGUGAUAAAUCUUACAGAUCAGAUUGCCGGAUCUAAUUGUGUGUUCAAUUGGCUAUCUUACCAAGAAAGGGGAAAUCGUGGAGAAUUCAAUCAAGUGACAAGGGUUGGAGUCUAAGUGUGUGAUACCGAUCGUGGAAGUGCGGUAAACGAUACAAUUUACUACUAAUAAUAAAAAGAGCAGUGAAAACUCCAUCGCAGUGCCGGCACAGAUUGAAAAGCGUGCGAGUUUAGGAGGGAAAAAGUCGCUGACAUCAAUCACAUCAAGCCAUUUGAUCGAAACCGGAUUACAUCGAAGAAGCGACGAGAGAUUUCUACGAAGCGUUAAAAUGAGACAAAUUAACAUAGAGACCGAAGAUCCACUGAAACGAAUACAGGAGGAAAUUAAUGAAGUGGCUAGACGUGAGCAGGAACUACGACAGGGACACCGGCUAAACGAUUCCUCCGACUAUUGUCUUUCAUCAGCGAACUCGGAUGAUUCCGGACUAUCUCUUUCUCCUAGUCCAAUCCAUUCGCCGUCGGUGUCCAAUCUAAAAGAUAAAAUUGAAGCAGCAAAUAGUCAGCUAAAUGUAACUACGGCACACGACGCCCUCGCUAACGGAAAUCGCCAAUUAUUACUGCCCCAGAUGAAAGCACUGACCCGUGCCCGUUCCACACCGCAGCUUUUUCAAAUUUCUCCAAACAGGCGAUUUAAUCCGAAUCCGAAUCAACGUGGUAUAAUGCAAAAGUUCAUUGCGUCUCGUGGUAAACUUAAUAAACUACAGUCCACGCCUGGUAACAACGGUAUAAGCAACACUAGCAGCAAUCACAUUAUCAAAAUAGAACAGCACGUGUCACCCAUAGAGCUGAAUCGGUCACACAUUUUGCUGCCCCCAACAGCUAUCUCAACGCCACCGGUAAUCGAGCGAGACUCCAAUGGCAAACCCAUCCGGCGUGGCUACAUUCCAGUAGAGGAGAAAAUCCAAAAAGAGCUGCGGGACUUAAAGAACAGAGAAAGUGAGCUCAAGCGCUUACGCAAACAAAAUCGAGUUGUAUCGCAGUGCAACCUGUUGGAGCUAUGCUAUGAAAGUGACUCCGGCGAAGACCUGUCUGAUGAAGAUAUCACGGAAGGUAUCGUUUAUCCACUAUCGCGAAAACUGCGACCCACCAAAUCUAUCGGCGAACUGUGCGAAGCACUGACAAAUUCUAGUCUUUCACCAAGGGAAACGCCAUCGCCGCAGUUUGAGAAUCGGCCACGUUGUGCGUCAGGUAUGCGCCCGGCUAUGUCCCUGGCCCAACUAUGCGACCUUGCUCCGGAAGAAGCUCCAUCGUCUCAUAAAUUGAUAGCACAGUGGGAAAACCUUAUUCAGCAAAAGCAGCAAAGAUAAGCUGCCGGUGGCAUUGUUUGUUUCUUUUGAACUUUCAAAAUGUUUUGUAGAGUCUAGCGGUUAUUACAUCCGUAACAAAAUUAGCCUUGAGAUAUAUAGUACCGUUAACAGGAUGUAUUUAUUCGUUUGUGCAUUAUUACAACAGCUUGCGCAAAGAAGCGUAUUUUAAGGAACGUAUGAAGUUUUUACACUCCCUAACAAUAUCAGAAACUGAAUCCUUUUUUGUUACUAUAAAUUUAUAUUUACUAUUCAUGUACUUCAAUCGCGCCUUAUUUAAUAAUUAGAAUUUUAGAAUUUGAAACUACUAUUUAUGAUAAUAUUUUCUAAAAUCUGUAAUAUGAUCCAUCCGCAUUAUGUUAAAAGUAGAUUUGUGAAAGAGAAUCCUAAAUGGAACCCUGUUUGCCUUUUCUGAACUGAUGUUCUAAACCUAUGUAUGUACAUUAAACGAGUCCUCCUAACUAUUUUUCCUAAUGCAGUUUUAAUAUGUAAUAUAGAUAAUGAAUGAAGG